UUUUUCUCACUGAGGGCGGUUCAUUGUCAGUUUUGUCUACGGAGGAACGACGAACGUGCGCUGACUCACCUUCUCUUCUUUUUUUGUGUCCUCCGAGCUGCUUCACCGUCAGGCGAAAGAAGCUAAAAUGAGGCGGGCGUGGGCUUUAGGUCUGUUCGUCGCGCUGCUGGCCUUCGCUGCAGUGCAAGCAGAUGAUGAUGAACUGGAUGUGGAUGGCACAGUGGAAGAGGACCUGGGCAAAAGCAGGGAUGGCUCCAAGACAGACGAUGAGGUGGUUCAGAGAGAGGAGGAAGCUAUCCAGCUGGAUGGAUUGAACGCAGCCCAGAUUAAGGAACUCCGGGAGAAGUCGGAGAAGCACGCCUUUCAAGCGGAGGUCAACCGCAUGAUGAAGCUGAUCAUUAACUCACUCUAUAAGAACAAGGAGAUCUUCCUCAGGGAGCUGAUCUCCAACGCUUCUGAUGCCCUGGAUAAGAUCCGCCUGUUGUCGCUCACCAAUGAAGAUGCAAUGGCCGCCAAUGAAGAGCUGACCAUCAAAAUCAAAUCCGACAAGGAGAAAAACAUGCUCCACAUCACUGACACGGGCAUCGGCAUGACCAAAGAGGACCUGGUGAAGAAUUUGGGCACCAUCGCCAAGUCGGGCACCAGCGAGUUCCUGAACAAGAUGACUGAGAUGCAGUCUGAGGAUCAGUCCACCUCGGAGCUGAUCGGCCAGUUCGGCGUGGGCUUCUACUCCGCCUUCCUGGUGGCCGACAAGGUCAUCGUGACGUCCAAGCACAACAACGGCACCCAGCACAUCUGGGAGUCCGACUCCAACCAGUUCUCUGUCAUCGAGGACCCCCGUGGGGACACGCUGGGCAGGGGGACUACAAUCACACUGGUGAUGAAAGAGGAGGCUUCAGACUUCUUGGAGCUGGAGACCAUCAAGAACCUCGUCAGAAAGUACUCGCAGUUCAUCAACUUCCCCAUUUACGUGUGGGCCAGCAAGACGGAGACCGUAGAGGAGCCCAUUGAGGAGGAUGCUGAGGCAGCAGAGGAACCAGAGAAAGAGGUGUCAGAAGAUGAUGUUGAGGUAGAAGAGGAGGAGGAAGAAGACAAAGAAAAGCCCAAGACCAAAAAGGUUGAGAAGACCGUGUGGGACUGGGAGCUGAUGAAUGACAUCAAGCCCAUCUGGACAAGACCCGCUAAGGAGGUUGAGGAGGACGAGUACAAGGCUUUCUACAAGACCUUCUCAAAGGACAGCGACGACCCUCUGGCUCACAUCCACUUCACCGCCGAGGGCGAGGUGACCUUCAAGUCCAUCCUGUUCGUCCCCAAGGCAGCGCCCCGCGGCCUCUUUGACGAGUAUGGCUCCAAGAAGAACGACUACAUCAAGCUCUUUGUCAGGAGAGUUUUUAUCACCGACGACUUCAAUGACAUGAUGCCCAAGUAUCUCAAUUUUGUCAAGGGAGUGGUUGAUUCUGAUGACCUUCCCCUGAAUGUGUCCAGAGAGACUCUUCAGCAGCACAAACUGCUCAAGGUUAUCCGCAAGAAGCUGGUGCGCAAGACGCUGGACAUGAUCAAGAAGAUGGCAGAAGAGCACUACAACGACAAGUUCUGGAAGGAGUUUGGCACCAACAUCAAGCUGGGCGUCAUCGAGGACCACUCCAACAGGACCCGCCUGGCCAAGCUGCUCCGCUUCCAGACUUCCAACAGCGACACGGUGCUGGCCAGCCUGGAGCAGUACGUGGAGCGCAUGAAGGAGAAGCAGGACAAGAUCUACUUCAUGGCCGGCACUAACAGGAAGGAGGCGGAGGCGUCUCCCUUCGUGGAGAGGCUGCUGAAGAAGGGUUACGAGGUGAUCUACCUGACGGAGCCCGUGGACGAGUACUGCAUCCAGGCUCUGCCCGAGUUCGACGGCAAGCGCUUCCAGAACGUGGCCAAAGAGGGCGUCAAGUUUGACGAGAGCGACAAAGUCAAAGAAAAGCGCGAGGCUCUGGAGAAAGAGUACGAGCCUCUCACCACCUGGCUGAAGGAGAAGGCGCUCAACGACAAGAUUGAAAAGGCCGUGCUCUCGCAGAGGCUCACCAACUCGCCGUGCGCCCUGGUGGCCAGUCAGUACGGCUGGUCGGGCAACAUGGAGAGGAUCAUGAAGGCCCAGGCUUACCAGACCGGAAAGGAUAUUUCCACAAAUUACUACGCCAGCCAGAAAAAAACCUUAGAAAUCAACCCCAAACAUCCGCUCAUCAAGCAGAUGCUCAAACGAGUCAAUGACGACGCCGAGGACCAGACGGCGUCCGACCUGGCCACCGUCCUCUUCGAGACGGCCACCCUGCGCUCGGGCUACCAGCUGGCCGACACCAAGGCGUACGGCGAGAGGAUAGAACGCAUGCUGCGGCUCAGCAUGAACGUCCCUCUGGAUGAGGAGGUGGAGGAAGAACCAGAGGAGGAACCUGAAGAGCCAGCAGAUAAUGAAGAUGAUGAUGAUGAUAUUGAAGAAGAGACCGAUGGAGCCGAGGGAGAUGACGUUGAUGAAGAAGAAACGGUUCUUCCUCUUUAUCGCCAUGUUGCGCUUUUUUUAACCCGCCCCCCCCGCGCACGUUCGUUCGGCCUGCCGCCUCGGGAGUCCUCCGCCCCCCCCGGCCCCCCGCCCCCGACGAGCGGCCAGAUCACAGGAAUGAGUAUAGAAAUCCCCGAGGGACUGACGGAGCUGCUGCAGAGUUUUACCGUGGAGGUGCUGAGGAAGCAGCCCGGGGACCUGCUCGACUUCGCCCUGCAGUACUUCACCCGACUCAAGGCCGGGGAGAGCCAUGGGCCGCAGUCCAACGCCCGCGCCGGGAAAGCGGUCAAUUUCUUGGAGCAGGCCGUGCGGAUCGAGGCGGAGAACAGCGACGAGGACGACGACGAGGAUUUUGAAGCGCCGGUAAUAAAUCGAUUCAUCAGGAGAGCAUCAGUGUGCGCCGAGGCCUUCAACCCUGAUGAAGAUGAGGACGACAAAGAGCCACGGGUUACCUAUCCCAAAACAGAUGAGCAGAGGCAGAGACUACAGGAAGCGUGCAGGGACAUUCUUCUAUUCAAGAACCUGGAUCCCGAAGAGAUGUCUCAGGUGUUGGAUGCCGUGUUUGAGAAGUUCUGCACGGAAGGGGAACACAUCAUCGACCAGGAUGACGACGGGGACAACUUCUAUGUCAUUGAAAGGGGGACCUUCAGCAUUUACGUGAAGGUGGACGGCUCAGAGAAGCUGGUGGGCUGCUACGACAACCGGGGCAGCUUUGGCGAAUUGGCGCUGAUGUACAACACUCCCCGGGCUGCCACCAUCGUCGCUAACUUGCCCGGAGCCCUCUGGUGCCUGGAUCGUCUGACGUUCAGGAGGAUCAUCGUGAAAAACAACGCCAAGAAGAGGAAGCUGUACGAGGCCUUCAUGGAGACUCUCCCCCUGCUCACGUCGUUAGAGCUCUCAGAAAGGAUGAAGGUGGUGGACGUCAUAACCAGCAAAGUCUACUGUGACUCGCAGCGGAUCAUUGCACAGGGAGACUCGGCAGAUUGUUUCUACAUUGUCGAGUCCGGCCAAGUACGGAUCACCAUAAAGAGAAGCAGGACGAAAAAUGACCAGGAUGAAGAGGAAGUGGAAAUCGCCACGUGCUCCAGGGGCCAAUAUUUCGGUGAACUGGCGCUCGUCACCAACAAGCCCAGAGCUGCAUCCGCCUACGCUGUGGGAAGCGUCAAAUGCUUGGUGAUGGAUGUUCAAGCCUUUGAGCGGCUGCUGGGCCCGUGCAUGGACAUCAUGAAAAGGAACAUUGCAAACUAUGAGGAGCAGCUACUGGCCCUGUUUGGAAGUAGCACCGAGAUCCAGCAGCAACGCGCAUGAAGACGGACCACCGGUUGGCGGACGACGCAGAAGGCUCCUCCCCCCUCCCCCUGCCCCAUUUCCGUUAUCAAACAGCUUUUCUUACAAGACGAAGAGAUAAGUAUCGUGCGCCGAAAUGUUGCU